UGUGAAAAUUACAACACAGCAUGGAAAGAAUAAAUGGAGAAAUAGAGGAACGAGGCUACUGGGGCAGUAAAAUGGAGUUUCUUCUGGCUGUGGCAGGAAAUGUGGUUGGACUGGGUAAUGUGUGGAGGUUUCCUUACCUCUGCUACAAGUAUGGAGGAGGGGCAUUCCUAAUACCCUACCUGGUGUUUGUGGUGACCUGUGGGGUGCCUCUGUUUUUGCUGGAGAUGGCUAUGGGACAGUACACUCAGCAAGGGGGUGUUACGUGCUGGCAUCGCCUCUGUCCACUUGCUGAGGGCAUUGGAUAUGGAGGACAACUGAUUCUGCUGUACAGCUGCAUGUAUUAUAUCGUCAUUCUGGCCUGGGCGCUUUUCUACCUAAUUUUCUCAUUUAAAUCCCAAUUGCCAUGGGCCACCUGUGACAACACCUGGAACACAGAUGACUGCAUAAAUCUUGUCACAAAGAAUCUGACCAUCAACCGGACAUCUCUGAUAAAUUCAACGCCGGCGGCUACUGAGUUCUGGGAACGCAGAGUUCUGUCUCUCUCUGGGGGUAUUGAGGACAUUGGUAAGAUCAACUGGGAGAUACUUCUGUGUCUCAUUGCAAUGUGGAUCAUAUGUUAUUUCUGUGUCUGGAAAGGAGUCAAAUCUACAGGCAAGGUGGUGUAUUUCACAGCUACAUUUCCUUACGUGAUGCUGCUUGUGUUGUUGAUUCGUGGGUUGACUCUUCCUGGAGCUCUUCAGGGGGUUGUGUUUUAUCUGUACCCUGAACCGGCCCGUCUUGCUGAUCCACAGGUUUGGUUGGAGGCCGGAACUCAGAUCUUAUUUUCCUACAGCGUGUCUGUCGGCAGUAUCACCGUUUUAGCCAGCUACAAUAAAUACCACAACAACUGUUACAGGGACUGCUUGGGGCUUUGCCUUCUUAACAGUGUCACCAGUUUUGUGGCUGGUUUUGCUGUGUUCACAGUCUUGGGCUUCAUGGCCCAGGAACAGGGUGUCCCCAUUGAAGAGGUAGCAGAGUCAGGUCCCGGACUAGCAUUCAUUGCUUAUCCCCAGGCUGUAGCUAUGAUGCCCUUCCCUCAGUUGUGGGCUGUUUGUUUCUUCAUCAUGAUUAUUUUACUAGGCCUAGAUACACAGUUUGUUUCAAUGGAAGCUGUUGUGACGUCAGUGAUGGACAUGUUUCCGGUGGUUCUCCGCAGAGAAGGACGGCGAGAAAUCUUACUCCUGUUCUUUUGUCUCACUUGCUUCUUUGGCCAAUUCAUCAUGGUUACAGAGGGGGGGAUGUACGUAUUCCAGUUGUUUGACUACUACGCCUGUAAUGGAACCUGUCUUCUGUUCCUGUCUGUGUUUGAGUCUCUGACCAUGGGAUGGAUAUUUGGUGCUGAUAGACUGUUUGAUAUAAUUGAAGACAUGACAAAGUCACGACCUAACUACAUUUUCAUGCUGUGCUGGAAAUAUCUGACUCCUCUUGUGUCCUUGGUGUGUUUUGUCUGCUCUAUGGUGGAGUACCAGCCUCUGACUUUUAACCGCUGGUAUGUGUUCCCAGACUGGGCAUAUGUACUGGGCUGGUUACUGGCUCUGUCAUCCAUUGUGCUUGUGCCUGGAUGGGCACUGGGCCGACUGUGCUCUGAAAAGGGGAGUUUAAAACAGCGCUGGCGCCGUUUGUGCAGUGCUGAUAAAGACCUUCCACUCACCUGUAAACAACGAGCUCAAUUAAAGGAAACGGCUUUCAUGACAGAAAUGGAAGACUUAGUUAGGGCAAGCACAGAGCAACAUGAAAUCUGAGAAUGGUCAUUAUUUUGCAGUCGGUCCUUUCAUUACUAUUUUAGUAAAUAGCCACUAAGAUUUAAUACAAAGCUGCAGAAACAAAGUAUGUCCUAAACCAAACAAGUUGUUUUAGACAAACUGUCUAUUUCUCGUCUCUGUUCUUUAAUACACCCC